CAAUUUUUGAUUGCAACGAGAAUUUAUCGGAUGCGGUAGUGAAACGGAAAAACGUGGUUCCGAAAAUUUCUGUCGCUCGGGAGGCAGCAAAUGCUCUACCGCCAACCCGGUUCUCUUGGCUUGGCUUAGGGGAUCUCAAGCUCCAGAGUAAUUUUCUUGCUAUCUUCUCUUCCUUUCGCAUCAUUCCUGCCAUCUUCGCUUCAUCAUCCUUUACUUCUCUCCACUCAAUUGUAGCCAUCAGUGAACUCUUGAGUCGUCAAGAUGGUUGAAGGCGACGUUAACCAGGCGAAGAAGUCCUUCAUGGGCAUGCCAGGCUUCGUGGUGGAUUUCUUGAUGGGUGGUGUUUCUGCCGCCGUCUCGAAAACUGCCGCUGCCCCCAUUGAGCGUGUCAAGCUCUUGAUCCAGAAUCAGGAUGAAAUGCUCAAGGCCGGUCGUCUCGACCGCAAGUACAACGGUAUCAUCGACUGCUUCAGCCGUACCGCAAAGAACGAGGGUGUCAUGUCCCUGUGGAGAGGUAACACUGCCAACGUUAUCCGAUACUUCCCUACCCAGGCCUUGAACUUCGCUUUCCGCGAUACAUACAAGUCGAUGUUCGCCUUCAAGAAGGAGCGUGAUGGCUACUGGAAGUGGAUGGCCGGUAACUUGGCCUCCGGUGGUGCUGCCGGUGCUACCUCCCUGCUUUUCGUCUACUCCCUCGACUAUGCUCGUACCCGUCUCGCCAACGAUGCCAAAUCUGCUUCCAAGGGUGGUGGUGAUCGUCAAUUCAACGGUCUCGUCGAUGUCUACCGCAAGACCCUGGCUUCUGAUGGUAUUGCUGGUCUCUACCGUGGUUUCGGUCCCUCCGUCCUUGGAAUCAUCGUUUACCGUGGUCUCUACUUCGGCAUGUACGACUCCAUCAAGCCUGUCCUCUUGGUCGGUCCUCUCGAGGGUAACUUCUUGGCCUCUUUCAUGCUCGGCUGGGGUGUCACCACUGGUGCCGGUAUCGCUUCCUACCCUCUUGAUACCAUCCGUCGUCGUAUGAUGAUGACUUCCGGCGAGGCCGUCAAGUACAAGAGCUCCCUCGAUGCCGCCUCCAAGAUCAUGGCUGCUGAGGGUGUCCGAUCCUUCUUCAAGGGUGCCGGUGCUAACAUCCUCCGUGGUGUUGCCGGUGCUGGUGUUUUGUCCAUCUAUGACCAGGUUCAACUUCUCAUGUUCGGCAAGGCCUUCAAGGGCGGUUCCGGCUAAACGUCUCGCUCUCCGGCUUCGACGACAACAGACGCAAGGCACUACACAGCAGGUUUCCAACUGAGUUAGUCCUUGCACAAGAACACAAUCAAGGGGGACGGGUAAUGGAGGGCCUUCAGUUGGAAGGCAUGGGGUUCUGUAUGAUGAUUCGGGGCAAGAUGACGAGGAGGUGAAGCAGACAAAGUGGUGCAAAUAGACGUCUCACGCAACGCAUGAUAAAAGGAUCCAGGUGGACAACGCAUGGAAAUGAAUGGCCGCCUUUUUAUCAUUGGGGGUUGCGAUCAUUGACACACGGGGUUUCUUGAUCUUUUUUCUGCGUUGUAUUCCUCAAUCCCGAUUGUACUUUACUGCCUGGUCUCGCGACUCUUUCUUCCGAAUCUAAUUGGGACGUGCAUUAGGAUCUUUUUCGAUUUAUAUUCUUUAUAUGAUCUCUCGAGGAGUUCAUGCAGCUACUUUGCUCCGCCGAAGCCCAA